AUGUCCGUCCCCCGCCUCCUCGUCGUCGGCGGCAACGGCUACCUCGGCUCGGCGGUAUGCAAGGCAGCAGUAGCAAAGGGAUGGAACGUGGCGUCCAUGUCCUCGUCGGGCAAGCCAUACACCACCCCAGCAGGCCACACGCCAAAGUGGGUGCACGCCGUGCAGUGGCACCGCGCCUCAGCCUUUGAGCCAGACACGUACCGCGACCUUAUGGCGGACAAGAGUGCGGUCGUGCACACCCUCGGUAUCCUCCUCGAAGACGCGGGGUACAAGGACGCGAUUGCGCGCGGCGAUAUCCUAGGCCUCUUGGGAGGGAUGUUGCGCGGCGCAACGGGCAGCGGACCGGCAAGUAACCCACUCAAGACAGCCGUCGAGGCGCGAGGGACGUACGAGGCGAUGAACCGGGAUUCGGCUCUCACCGUCCUCGACACGAUGCUCGCCGAACCGUCUCCGCCCGCACCAGCCGAGCGGUCGUUCGUCUACGUCUCGGCCGCGAACAAGGUCGCGCCAUUCGUUCCCGACCGCUACGUCACGACGAAGCGUGAGGCCGAGGCGGGGAUCCUGGAACGCUGCGAGGCGAACGGGCACGUCAAGCCGGUACUCGUGCGGCCAGGCCUCAUGUACAACGCCCACGUUCGGCCCAUCUCGACACUCCCCGCCUUCGCGCUCUCCCUCACGGCCGGCCUCCACGACCGACUUCACCUCCCCAUGCCGUUUAGUGCUGACAGCGCGCUUGGCAAGGCGGCCGAGACGUUGUGCACGCACCCGAUCCACGUCGAUCACGUUGCCGACGCCAUUAUCCGGUCUAUCGCGACGGGCGAGGAGGGCGUCGUCAACGUCGACACAAUGCGCGAAUGGGCGGGAUUUGAGGUCGUGCGCGACAAGCCCGCCGAGAUCUAG